CCGGCAGAGCAGCAGCAGGAGGAAAUCUGUGCCUGCUGACUCUGUGGGUAGCCAUUGGUGCCGUGGUGGGAGAAAGCAGCCAUGAGGACUGCCCUGGUCUUCGCCUGCCUGGUGGGGAUGGCGUGCGCCUUCUCGGUCAAGAGCUGGCUGCGGCGAGCCAAAUCAGACGACUCGGAAGAAAAUGCGGUAUUCAAGAACAGGCAGCGGUAUUACCUGUACAGAUACGCCUAUGUGCAUCCCCCGCAGCGAUGGUACCAGGGCAGUGACUCAUCGGAGGAAGAAGGGGACGGCUCUGAGGACGAGGAGGAAGGGGAGGCAUCGCAUGCUGGCACCGAGGCAGCUGGCCACCCCACUGGAGCAGCCCCUGGGGGCAGCCAGGGUGGGCUGGGAGGAGACAUCACAUCCCCCCAGCAGGGCAAGGGCUGCCAAGGGCCUCUGAAGGGGGGCAGGGACAGUGCUGCCGGUAAGGGGGGUGACUCUGAAAAUGAAGACAGUGACGAGAAUGAGGAGGAGGAGGAGGAGGAAGAAGAAGAAGCUGAGUACGAGAAUGGUGUUAAUGGCACAAGCACUAACACCACGGAGGGGGCAGAUGGAUCUCCUGGCAAUGGCACUGCAGUGGUUGAGGAGGGCACUGGUGUGGCUGAGGAGGAGGAGGAGGAAGAAGAAGAAGAGGAGGAAGAGGAGGAAGAAGAGGAAGAAACCGAAGCCACCACCAUUGCCAGCACCACUGAUGAAGAGAGGCUGUCCCAGGCAACGACCACGGGAGAUGGGGGACCCACAGAUGCCACCACAGCUGGGGAGCAGUGGGAGUAUGAUGUGACAGCCGGGGGCCAUGGCCGGGGGGACGAAGGCACCACUGACGGCAUCUAUGGAGAGCAGGAUGAGUACACCCGUGGGGACAGCUACCGGGCCUACGAGGACGAGUACGGCUACUACAAGGGGCAUGGCUAUGAUGUGUACGGGCAGGAUUACUACUACAGCCAGUGAGCGGCCAGCGGGACAGCCCCUGUGGUGCCCCCCAUCUGCCCCAUCCCACUCAGGAACAUGCAUCCAAAGGCUCCCUGCAGCCCCUGCACACCAGAGGAGACACCAGAUGGCUUGCAGGGCGCACCAGCUCUGUCCCAGGCUUCUUUUUUGUAUCUCACAAAGUGAAAUGAAAUAA